AUGAGCAUCCCCAAUGGAUUUGUCUAUGCUAUGUUCCAUCCUCUUGCAUACCUGGUCAAGCUCAACAUAGAAAUGUCUAUGGCUCACCUCAUCAAGACCAUAGCCCUAGGCAGCCCGAACCCUGGUAACGACCCUUCACGACUCUUGACUUUCUCGUCUUCGCCCGGUGAAGACAUGUUCAAUGCCGAUAUGUUUGCGGAAGUACCACAGCAACGACGUUCGCUCAUUCGCGGUUUGUUCGGCAGCGACCAUAUCUCGUUCUCGCAGGAAGAUGUCCGCAUGAGAAAACCGGGAGAUUCCUCUACAGGUAGCACAUCCGUGCCUGAUUACGAACUGCCGUCUUGGAAACCUAGGGCGGAGAAGGAGCCUGAUAUGGUUGGCAGCGAUGAUCUCAGCUCUGAAGCGAAGAACAACACGAGAACCCACCAAGAGAACUGUCGUCAGGAGAGGAAGGUGCCGAGCAGGACCAGAAGUCUAGAUGGAGGACCAAGCAUCCCCAUGCCAGCGGCAGUACAUCUUCCUACUCGAGCAAACACGUCGGAAGUUGGUUGA